CCCUCCUAUCCUAGUUUAUACCACUUUAUAAAAGAAAAACUAAACCACACAAAAUCAAACAUUAAUCUGAUCCAAAUUCACUUCCUUCACUUUUCAUAAUUCAAACAAUUCUUCAACCAACCAUGUCUUCAGAAGACACAGAAAUCAAACCAGAAAUUCAUGUCCUAUUGGUUGCGUUUUCAGCUCAAGGUCACAUAAACCCUUUACUUAGACUAGGCAAAUCCCUAUUAACCAAAGGCCUUAAUGUCACACUUGCCACCACUGAAUUAGUUUACCACCGUGUCUUCAAAUCAACCACCACCGACACAGACACCGUCCCAACCUCUUACUCCACCAAUGGAAUCAACGUCCUGUUUUUCUCCGACGGCUUCGACAUAUCUCAAGGCCAUAAAAGCCCUGAUGAAUACAUGGAACUCAUAGCCAAAUUCGGUCCCAUUAGCCUCACAAAUCUCAUCAAUAACAAUUUCAUCAACAACCCUUCCAAAAAAUUAGCUUGCAUUAUCAAUAACCCUUUUGUUCCUUGGGUAGCAAACGUGGCUUAUGAAUUGAAUAUCCCAUGUGCUUGUCUUUGGAUUCAACCUUGUACCCUUUACUCCAUAUACUAUCGUUUCUACAACGAACUCAACCAGUUUCCAACCCUAGAAAACCCCGAAAUCGACGUGGAAUUACCCGGUCUUCCAUUGCUGAAACCACAAGACCUUCCAUCUUUUAUUCUUCCAUCAAAUCCUAUAAAAACCAUGUCCGAUGUUUUAGCUGAAAUGUUCCAAGACAUGAAGAAACUGAAAUGGGUAUUAGCAAAUUCUUUCUACGAAUUGGAAAAAGAUGUCAUUGAUUCAAUGGCUGAGAUUUUCCCAAUUACACCUGUAGGCCCAUUAGUUCCACCUUCAUUACUAGGUCAAGAUCAAAAACAAGACGUUGGAAUUGAAAUGUGGACUCCCCAAGAUUCUUGCAUGGAAUGGCUUAACCAAAAGCUACCAUCUUCAGUUAUAUAUAUUUCAUUCGGAAGUCUCAUUUUUUUAUCAGAAAAACAAAUGCAAAGCAUAGCAAGUGCAUUGAAAAACAGUAACAAAUAUUUUCUCUGGGUGAUGAAGAGUAAUGAUAUUGGGGCUGAAAAAGUUCAGCUGUCUGAAAAAUUCUUAGAAGAAACAAAAGAGAAAGGAUUGGUUGUUACAUGGUGUCCACAAACUAAGGUUUUGGUUCAUCCUGCAAUAGCGUGUUUCUUAACACACUGUGGAUGGAAUUCUACAUUGGAAGCUAUAACUGCAGGAGUACCUAUGAUUGGUUAUCCACAAUGGACUGAUCAACCAACAAAUGCAACACUUGUUUCUGAUGUUUUUCGUAUGGGGAUCCGGUUGAAACAGGACAAUGAUGGGUUUGUUGAAAGUGAUGAAGUUGAAAGAGCCAUUGAAGAAAUUGUUGGAGGAGAAAGGUCUGAAGUGUUUAAGAAAAAUGCGUUGGAGCUGAAACAUGCGGCGAGGGAGGCGGUGGCUGAUGGUGGCUCUUCUGACAGGAAUAUACAAAGAUUCGUUGAUGAAAUUCUUGUCACUGCAAUUGAUAGUAAUAAUUGAUGUGGUCAUCAUUCAACAAGAUUGUUAUCAUCACAUAAAUAAUCGUGACCACUUUUGUCGUAUUUUGUCUUUAUUGAAUUCUUUAUUUUGUGUUAUAUAUGGUGUACUAUUAAGACAAUUAUUGAGAAAUGUCUUGUCUUGUUCUGGUGUACUCAAACUUAUGGAGUAUAUUGAAAAGAAUUUUUUUUUGAAA